UUAACCUAAAUAGUGAUCGGGUAUGAUAUAUAUUCUCUGAUGCUCUCUCUCUCCUCCACACCAUAUGCUAUAGCAUUGGGUCUGGACUCCAUUCUAUGUUCUUGUUCCACUUCCACCACCAUGCACGCAAAACUCUCCCUUUCCUCUCUACUACGCUCCUUAUCCCAAUCCCAUGCCAAUCCAAACCAACCCAAAUUCUCUCUCUCUCCACAACCACACACACACCAUGCACUCACUCUCACUCACACUCCAAUCUCCUCACUCUCAUCUCCAACGCCCACUCUCUUCACCAAACCAAGCAAGCCCACGCCUCUGCACUUCUCAACGCUCUGCUCCCUCACAGUGUCUCUCUCUGCGCCUCCUUAAUGCUCAGCUACUCCACCUUCGGAGACCCCGCUGCCUCUCGCUUUCUCUUCCAGCAAACCUUUCGCCAUUGCCGCAAUGCCUUCUUGUGGAACACCCUUAUUCGUGCCAACUCCAUUGCCAAAGUAUUUGAUGGGUUUGAGACUUAUAAUAGGAUGGUUAGGACCGGUGUUCGACCCGAUGAUCAUACUUUCCCUUUCGUUCUCAAGGCGUGUUCGGACUAUACGGAGGUCCGGAAGGGAAUGGAGGUUCAUGGGGUUGUGUUUAAGCUGGGUUUUGACUUGGAUGUCUAUGUUGGGAAUACCCUUUUGAUGUUUUAUGGGAAUUGUGGGAGUUUGAGUGAUGCAAGGAAGGUGUUUGAUGAAAUGCCUGAAAGGGAUGCUGUGUCGUGGAAUACUAUAAUUGGGGUGUUGUCGGUUAAUGGGUGUUAUGGUGAGGCGCGUGAUCUUUUUAAAGAGAUGAAUUUGGAAUCUGGGUUUAGGCCGAAUUUGGUAACUGUUGUUAGUGUGUUGCCGGUUUGUGCUGGUCUUGAAGAUGGGGUCAUGGUGAGACGUAUUCAUUGUUAUGUUGUGAAGAUUGGUUUGGAUAUUCACGUGAAUAUUGGCAAUGCGAUGGUUGAUGCAUAUGGGAAGUGUAGGAAUGUGAAGGCUACAAAGCAAGUUUUUGAUGAAAUGGUUGAGAGGAAUGAGGUUUCUUGGAAUGCAAUUAUCACCAGUCUUGCUUUUAUGAAUCGUAAUUUGGAUGCCUUGGAGAGAUUUGGUUUGAUGAUUGAUUCAGGGUUUAAACCGAACUCUGUUACCAUUUCUAGUAUGCUGCCAGUGCUGGUCGAGCUAGAACACUUUAAAGCAGGCAAGGAGAUUCACGGGUUCAGUAUAAGGAUGGGUAUCGAGGAUGAUGUUUUUAUCGCAAACUCAUUGAUUGAUAUGUAUGCAAAAUCAGGCCGUACAACUGAGGCAUCCAAUGUGUUUUAUAAAACAAGUGAAAAGAAUGUUGUCUCUUGGAAUGCCAUGGUUGCUAAUUUUGCUCAAAACAGGCUUGAGUUGGCUGCAGUACAACUAGUAAGAGAAAUGCAAGCUCAUGGUGAAACUCCCAACUCUGUCACCUUCACAAAUGUUCUGCCAGCUUGUGCACGACAGGGUCUUCUUCAUCCUGGAAAAGAAAUCCAUGCAAGGACAAUUCGCACAGGAUCUGGCAAUGAUUUAUUUGUUUCUAAUGCUCUGACAGACAUGUAUGCAAAAUGUGGCUGCCUAAAUCUUGCCCAAAAUGUCUUUAAUAUCUCCCUUAGAGAUGAAGUAUCAUACAAUAUACUAAUUGUAGGAUACUCUCAAACUAGUGAUUCUUCAAAAUCUCUGAGUUUGUUUCUGGAGAUGAGGCUUACAGGUAUGACGCAUGAUAUUGUUUCUUUUGUGGGUGUUGUAUCAGCUUGUGCAAAUCUAGCUGCAAUCAAGCAAGGCAGAGAGAUCCAUGGAUUAUUAGUGAGAAAGCUUUUUCACACUCAUCUAUUCAUUGCAAACUCACUAUUGGACUUCUAUACCAAAUGUGGACAAAUUGAAAUCGCUAGUAAGGUCUUUGACCAGAUCCAAAUAAAGGAUGUUGCCUCUUGGAAUACUAUGAUUUUGGGCUAUGGAAUGUUAGGUGAAUUGAACACUGCAAUCAAUCUUUUUGAGACAAUGAGGGAAGAUGGUGUAGAAUAUGAUUCAGUUUCAUACAUUGCAGUUUUAUCAGCUUGUAGUCAUGGAGGGCUCAUUGAGAAGGGGAAGAAGUAUUUUGAGGAGAUGCAGGCUCGGAAUAUUAAGCCAACACACAUGCACUAUGCUUGUAUGGUUGAUCUUCUAGGCCGAGCUGGCCUAAUGGAAGCAGCAGUUGAGCUUAUUAAAGGUCUGCCUAUUGUGCCAGAUGCCAAUGUCUGGGGAGCUUUGCUUGGGGCAUGCCGAAUUUAUGGGAAUGUAGAGUUGGGGUGUUGGGCAGCAGAGCAUCUGUUCAAGUUGAAGCCCCAGCACUGUGGGUACUACAUUCUUCUUUCAAACAUGUAUGCAGAAGCAGGAAGAUGGGAUGAGGCAAACAUGGUUAGGGACUUGAUGAAGUCAAGGGGAGUGAAGAAGAAUCCUGGUUGUAGUUGGGUACAUAUCGGCGACCAGGUGCAUGCUUUUCUAGUUGGAGAGAGAAUAGAAGGAUUGGAUACAGAUAUUUGGCUUGCAGAAUGCAGUUAAUUAUAUUAACGUGAAGAAGCCAUCAAAUCAGUUGAGAUAAGAAGUUGUCUCUUCAAGGAUGGUUCAAUCUCACUCAUGCUUAAUCUCAAAGAGAUCAGUUGCAAAAGGUGGUGUUAUUACACAAAUGCAAUCCUCAUUGAGCUUAUAAUUAAAUGACAGGACAUGCCUAAGUAGUCAUGAUUGAUACCAAAAGAUCAUAUUGAUGCAACAAAGAGUGCUAUACAGGAUGAUCAUCUUCAGGGAUAUUCGUUUCAACUUUUCCAACAAG